UCCAUUUGGCUUUAAGUUGUUUUAGUUGGUUUUAGUUCUUCGGCUAUGGCGGCAGCAAUCGCCGCCGCCGACAAAUGGAGACCCGGGUUUUGCUUACCACGCAGCAAAAAAGCUGGCCACGGCAGAGGGCGGAGCUGCAUUGUGGUCACUUCGUCAGUGUCACCGAUUCCAACGGUGUUAGUCGCCGGGGCCGGAGGAAGAACAGGAAGGCUAGUUUUUGACAAGUUGAAACAGCGGACGCAAGAGUUUUCUGCUCGUGGACUCGUUCGAUCGGUCGAGAGCAAGCAGAAGAUCAAUGGUGGAGACGAUGUUUUCAUCGGGGAUAUUACCAAGCCCGAGAGCUUGUCCGAUGCAUUCGCUGGAGGAAUUGAUGCUCUAGUCAUUCUUACCAGCGCCGUGCCCAAGAUAAAGCCCGGGUUUGAUCCGAGCAAAGGUGGUCGCCCCGAGUUUUACUUUGAGGAUGGUGCUUUUCCUGAGCAGGUGGAUUGGCUUGGACAAAAGACGCAAAUUGAUACUGCGAAGAGUGCUGGAGUAAAACAGAUUGUUCUCGUCGGCUCAAUGGGAGGGACUGACGAGAAUCAUCCUCUCAAUUCUCUAGGAAACGGGAAAAUCCUGAUCUGGAAGAGAAAGGCAGAGGAAUAUCUUUCAGAAUCAGGCAUUCCUUACACGAUAAUCAGAGCUGGAGGAUUGCUAGACAAAGAAGGGGGUGUUCGAGAGCUUUUAGUUGGGAAAAAUGACGAGCUCUUGAAGACUGACACUAAAUCUCUUCCCAGAUCGGAUGUGGCGGAAGUUUGUAUCCAGGCAUUGCUCUUCGAGGAAGCGAAGAACAAAGCUUUCGAUCUCGCCUCUAAGCCCGAAGGCGAAGGAGCUGCGACUAGAGAUUUCAAGUCGUUAUUCUCUCAAGUCUCCACAAAGUUUUGAUUAAUCCCUGUUUAGUUUUAAGCAAAAAUGAGAUUAGACAA